AUGUUUUCUUCCAUAGUCGUGGCGGCCCUUCUUGCCGUAAGCCCAGCUCUAGCUCUCACUCGAUCUCCUAAGCCAACCUUCGUCAACAAUUCCUACGUUAUCAACGACGAUGCCAGAUUCGCCUACAACAAGUAUUGGAACUUCACCGGCACCACGCUUCCCGACGGCCUGUACAAGAGUGCUUACACCGUGAAAAACGGCUCGGGAGUGGACACUCAUCAGUUCACGACUGGCAACGUCGCCGUUUCGGGCGGAUACCUUCAGCUGAAGGUCCCCGGCGGCCAAACCAAGAUGCCAUACACUGCGGGUGAGGUCGCGACCACCCAAAAGAUCCUCUACGGUUCCGUCCGAACGGUAGCCAUCUUCUCUGCGCCUGUUGGAGUGUGCAACGGCAUUUUCUACUACGCAUCUGACACGCAGGAAAGCGAUAUCGAAUGGUUGUCUGAUCCAUCUUCUUUGAGCAACCCGGGUACUGCCCAGGUACACUUCACCAAUCAGGAUGCCAACGGAGACGGACAAUCCACCACUCUCGGUGUUGCACCUCCUUCCAACCCGACUACAACCGAACAUGAGUACCGCUUCGACUGGACUGAGGUCUUCGUCCGAUACUACAUCGAUGGUACCCUCAUCUGGGAGACUCAGAACGACGUACCCAGCAAGGCCGGCCCUUUCAUUCUCAACAACUGGUCCAACGGCGAUAAGGGAUGGAGUGUUGGCCCUCCCAAGACCGCUGCCACCUUCAAGAUCAAGGACAUCGACAUGUACUAUGACAUUGACUGGAGCGCCAGCAAGGAGUAA